AUGGAUAUGCCAAUGUCACCUCCUGCAUCGACUGAUAUGGCGACACAAAUGAAUUUUUACUGGGGAAAAGAUGUAAUCAUAUUGUUUCAAGGAUGGCCUAGCAACAAUCUUGCCAUGUACAUACUUGCUCUAGCCUUUGUGUUCAUGCUAUCCGCGGCUACUGAAGUCUUAUCAAUCCCUCAAGUUGUUAGGCCAUCAUCUGGCUCAAGACCCAUUAUUAGUUUGUUGAUUCAGGCAAGUGUUUAUGCUGUAAAGAUGGGUCUUGCUUACUUAGUUAUGCUCUCAGUUAUGUCCUACAACCUUGGAAUAUUCAUUGUUGCGGUCGCAGGCCAUGGAUUAGGGUUCUUGCUAGUUAAGAUUCGAGCACUUGCAGCAGCAGGUCCUGCCAAUCAGGCUGGUUCAGAAUUUGUUGAUCCUAAAGUUUAA